CCGUUUGGGGUACGCCAUCAAGUGGGGUCUCCUAACUUCGCAGCUGGGAGAUCAUUUUUGUAGUGCUGGAAAAGAAAUACUCCACAUUUCAGGCUCUGCAGAGUGCAGUCGGUUGGCUAUACUCUACCUGUACGGUUACCUGUAGCGUAGUUUCACAGUUUCCCGGAGAUUGUUUCUGGUUUUCAUGUGUCGACGAGAUAAUGGAGCAUUUGCUAUCAUUAUGUGCGCUGCUAGCUGGUGCCGUCGAAGUGGCGUGGACAUUCAAUCUUGACACAACGACGGCUACAAGAUUCUCUGGUCCUGCUGGCUCUCAGUUCGGUGUUUCCGUCAGCUUUCAUUCGAUCGGCAACGAGAAGAUGUUGCUGGUCGGUGCUCCGCUGGCCUCCUACACGAACGACACAUGGUCGGCUAAUAACACCCUGCUGAGGACAGGCGUGCUGUACAGAUGUCCCUGGUCAGAGGCGACUCCCACCGGCAGAGGCUCCUGUACACAGCUGAAUGUGGACUCAGUCGAACCGGUGCUAGGCACAAUAGCAGAGGUGAAGUCCGACAUGCGCAUGGGCCAGACCGUCCUAAGCCUCGGACCCGACAGCGCCGUCUUGGUCUGUGCCAGUCAAUAUGGGAAGACUCUGCCUUGCAGACCUCCGGAUUUGUCCGUAACACACUUGAACAUAGGAUUGUGUUUUGGUAACCCCAACGGCACGCUCAGAUUCCAGAACCUUGGCAAGUGCGUCAUUCUACCACACCACCUGCAGCUGGACGGAGUUCCACAGGACUUGGCCCCAGAGGACACCACUUUGGUGACCCCUACAGAUCUCCUAACGCGGCUGUAUGCACAACCUUCAUAUUGGAAUACAAUCGGCUGGGGAGGAUUCAACGACGCUUCAUUUGGACUGACCAUCUCAGCCGUAGCGGAGAAUCCAUCCGAGCGUUUUCCAUUACGACACGUCAACGUUCAUUCGCCAAACUUCAUUCGUGGCAUAGGCCGUGUAUCGCACGUCGAGCUCUCUCGCAAUGGAACAGUAAAGAGCCUGACACAGCAGUUGUUGAAGACGUAUCCCAACCAGGAUUUCGCAGGGAGCAUGUCAACUGCUGAAGGAGAUUUCACCGGCACUGGUGACAUCAAGCUGGCAUAUGCAAGGCCAUUUGCGACAUACAAUUUAUACGAUAUCACCCAUGCUUCCAAGACCAUGUUAGAUCCGUCCGGAUAUGUGAUGGGUGAUGUGUGGAUUAUGGAUCGAACCAGAGGAUUCGCGAACUAUACGAAUGCCAAUUACCGCUGGGCGCCUUAUGGACUGUUGAAGAACCACCAGUUUGCAGAGGGAUUUGGACUAGCCCUGCUCGCAGAGGACGUCAAUAAUGAUAGGAUUUCGGAGCUAUAUGUCGGAGCCCCGUACUACAUGGAUCACAGUCGAGCCGGCGAAGUCAACUCCUACGACUUUGGAAGGGUCUAUGUGUAUGCUGAUAAACUGAAGACGUUCCUCAAAGCUCAUCCUAUACAGGGGAAUCCCUUCUAUCUCGAUAGGAAUAUUUCAAAUUUCCUGCGGGAGUACGACCUUGCGCUAGUGGGGAGGCCAGCUUCACGCUUCGGUAGCACCUUGGCCGGUAUCGGAGAUGUCGAUCGCGACGGCUAUUCUGAUAUCGCCAUAGCAGCACCAGGUGAGGAAGUCUAUGGCAAGCUGGACGUCGGGGCUGUGUAUGUGUACUUUGGCUCGGCGUCCGGGCUGCUAACAGACUCUCCCCAGCGUAUCGUCCCCUCGUCCAGCAACACACAAUCUUUUGGCUCGUCCCUGACCUAUGGGUGGGACAUUGACUCUAAUGGAUAUGGUGAUAUUGGUAUCGGCGCCUUGGACUCAUCAGAGGCCUUCAUCUACAGAUCACGACCUGUCAUCUCUGUCGAUUUACAGUUGAAUGCACCCGCGGCAGUUGACGCAACUAAUCGAUCCUGCUAUGUGUCCGGCAUCGGGACGUGGCGUGCUUGCUUUGACGUAGAGGUCUGCGCCAAGUAUUCUCGGCCUAUUCUGGACACACUGGCUGUAAUCCAGUAUACAAUGUCUGUCAGUACUGGUGAGCUAGAGAUCAUCGUAGGCACCACCACACGGUCAGAUGUCACCAACAAGAUCACCAUGUCCAAGCCCAACACCCGGCAAUGUCGUAAACACACCGUACACGUCAAGACAACCAUCAGCAACUUUUGUCGUGGGACUAAUAUUUCUCUGACCAAGUGGAAUCUUGUCAACCGCACUAGCACGCCUGCCAAUCUUGCACCUCUUCUGACACGCAACCAUCCCAGCAUUGUACCCCUCUCCCAGCCGGUGAGCCUUAUCCCAUUGUGCAGCAGCAAUAUCAGCAAAGACAGCGAUGGCUAUAACUUUACCUGCAAGCCAGACCUGGUGACUGCAUUCUCCAAAACACAGUUAUCAGUAGUAAGUGGCAGAGUAUCUACAACUCCAGUGACGGUGAGCAUACACAAUAUUGGAGACCAGCCAGCGUGCUCCAUCGCUGUAGAGCUACGCUUGGACAUCAAUACCACCGAUCAUCUAGUUUUCAGUAGCGUGGAGGGUGACACGUGGCUGUGUGGUGCUGGAGGAUACACAGCAUUGCAAUGCCAGCCAUCCAUCACUAAUCCGCAUUAUGGAGCACUGGCACCUGGAGAGCAGGUGAACAUCACCGUCAUAGUGCACUCAUCGAAGACUCCCUUCCCCCGUGAGGAUUUCUCUUUUCCAAUCAUUGCUACAGCUUCAAGCACCAAUGCUGAGAAUGAUACGGACAACAAUCCAUCACAGCAGGAUAUCAACAUACUCAGACAAUCUACUCAGAGCCUAAGUCUGUCUGAUGAGCUUACACCUUUGGUGACGCUAGCCGACAGUGUGCUCAGCAGGGCAUCUCCCACAUCCUUGGACCACCUACCAGUGGAUAUUUACACCGUACUCAAGUUACGCAACAUGGGUCCCAGUGUGUCCACAUCCACCUCAGUAGCUAUCAAGUACCCACUGGAGACUGCGCUGCGUGUGCGGAGUACCGGCGCAGGUGACGGCACUCUCUAUUACUUGACCAGAGUGGAGGCUUCGGUGAGGGGAGUAACAUGCAACUCAUCACGCCUUGUGAAUGCCAGGAGCCUCGACAUGGGGUCAGAUACUGCUAUUAACAGUACGGUCAGGUUCUCUGCUGUCGGAGUGUCUACUGAUGUGGCUUCCAACAAUCCAGCUAGCGCACACAAGGACUGUUCAUCCACUGCCUGCCAUGUGUCAAUCCUGUGUACAAUCCCAUGGCAAAGCAGAGAUGCGGUGACCAACGUACGCUUCCAAUGGAGAGUCUACACUCACAAUGUCAAGCUGCUGUUGAACUCCACAAAUGUGAAAGUGACCUUGCCAAUCUCAGCUACUGUUGUUAAUUACACCGGUAUGCUGGGACACACGACUACCUUCACAACUGAUUCUGCUUCGAGGAGAACUGAGUAUGCUUUGCCGCAAAAACAAGUAUCCGAACCCCUGGACACCAUCUUGAUCGCCGGCAUAGCAGCAGGCUCCACAGUUUUCAUCAUCGUUAUCUUAGUCAUUCUUUUCAAGUGUGGCUUCUUUGCCAGGAAGAAGCCCGAGGAGGUGAAUAUGGACGACAUGGUGUGGAGUGGCCCGGCCCUGGCAGUGGACGGUACGGAGGAUAUAGAAAUGCCGGAGAAGGUAGCACUGGCUAGUGGUGAGCAAGACGACGGUAAAGGCGAGGCUGAACCUUCCGACUCUGAUUCCGGAAGUUAACUGUUACUCAGGAGAAGAGCAACUCAGCGGAGUGGGUGAACAGAAGUGAGUGAACAACAGGUGCAGCAACAGCGAUCCUCUCUGCAGUCAUCAUUGCAUGGCGACAAUCCUUGUAUUUUCACAACUUUGAGAUGUGUGACUUUCUGUGUGUGUGUGUGUGUGUGUGUGUGUGUGCGUGCGUGUGUGCUACAGGUAUAGAGAGGUGGUGAGUAGUGUAGCAUUCAACACUGUUUCAUCUGCUGUGCUACCUUGCCCCUGGCUUUGAUACGUAUCCUACCCAUUCACUUUAUUUUCUUGUAAAAUUAUGCCUGCUUUUCUAACACACACACACAUACACGCACGCACACACACACACACACACACACACACACACACACACACACACACACACACACACACACACACACACACACACACACACGUUCGUACUCAUGCACACACACACACACACACACACACACACGCGCGCGCGUGUGUGCGCGCACGCACACACAUCAUGCAAUGAACAAUACUCCCAUUCAGAUGCAUGCUAUCCAUGCUAUCUACAGACUCGAUGCAGUGUUUGUGCAAACUAUUGGCAUUCAAAGUAAAAGUGGAGAGGCUUUCUGCAGCUUCAAAAACAGUUAAGAGCAGAGCCCACACGCUCGCUUCCAUAAAACACUGCAAUAAUUCAACUCAUUUUAAAAAUAUUACAAUGCUUUGGCAAAUUGCCUUCAUCAGGUUCACAAUGAUGUGCAAGCUCUCAUGUAUUGGCAUUCGGAUAGCGGUAUGUACUUCCUGCUACUAGUACCUAGUCUCAAUCUUUCCCCUGCUUGCCAGUCAAAGAGUGUUCUGAGAGUCUUACAAGCCUGGGUUUCACAAAGCUCAAGGAAUUGUUCCUUGAAUUGUUUUACGGUCUCUGGGCUGCGCCAAUCACUGAAAGAAAAAUAUAAUAAUUAUUCGAAUUUUCGGGCGACGCCCAUCUUUAGGGCCUCAAUGCUCAACCAUGCAUGAUAAUUACAAUAAUUAUAAAUUGCUGUUGUCGCACGUCUUUCCCACUCUCUCCUUUCGCUGCUGAAUGUUGCCGUAGCAAUGGAUAGCCAGCAUUUUCUUCUUUCAUUUCAAGUUGCUCAUUCUUCAAUUCUGUUCUAUUGUUUCUGGUGGUGUUGGAGGUAGUUCUACUGCUUCUGCUUACUUAUAACGUGUGUAGACUACGUUCUAACGUUCUUAUAACGUGUGUAGACUACGUUCUAACGUUUCAUCUACAUGUACAUAUUCUCUUGAAAAGAAGUUUUA